ACCAUUUGAAAGAACAACUUAUCCAGUCAUUUAUAUCCAGGGUGCUCAAUUCGGUCAAUUUUGCGCUUGUACUUAUAUAGGACACCGCUCAGGUGUAAUUCAACAGAUUUUCCUAAACGAGAGAACGAAAUUAUCAUGGCAAAUUGUGCAUCAAUUUUUGUCUUUUUUUCGUUUUUUCACUACAGUUGCUAUCUCUUUGUGAAAUCUCAGCCAUUUUCGCUUCUCACUUCUACUGAAGUUGGUAUCGAACUUCAAGGGUUUUUUUAUAAGUCGUUUUCAGACAUGAAUCUGAGUACUUGCUUUUUAUCCUGCAUGGAAGACGGUGUUUGCCAGUCUAUCAAUUUCUACGUUCCAAAUUUUCAUUGCCAGUUCAACAAGGACACCAUAAAGCUCCGACCUGGGAAUGCUAGGGCGAACGAGCAUGCUGUUUAUAUGGAAAAUCCUGAAAGAGCAAAAAAAGGUUCCCGUCUUUUUCCUGGUCACUCGUGCAAGGAAAUCAAAGAUCUCGGUGAAUAUCGUGGAGAUGGAGAAUACUGGAUUGAUCCUGGGAACACUGGAAAACCCUUCACUGUCUACUGUGACAUGACUACUGAUGGAGGAGGCUGGACUUUGAUAAUGAGGGCACACCUGCCGACUACAGCUCCGCAACCAGUUGUGCUAGAAAAAGAGUAUAAGGCCCUUGCAAGCUACACAAAUUACAGGCAACGGCUCACAUUAGGAGCACUGAAAAAAUUAAGAAAAGAUAUGGGUUUCCAUCAGCUUCGAUUUCGAUGUCGUAAGAAGAGCGUCAACCGAACCAUUCACAUCAUGACCACCAACAACACCGCUGGCCACAAAGUACUUGAUCACUUCCUCGUCAAGACAACAUGGCCGCCAGCUUGCGGCUCGUUUGAAAGACUACAAGAUGACACGUCAAAUCUUACACAGAAUUGCAUGAAGUGGGGUUAUAAUGGUAGAAAAGAGGUGAAUCGAUGGGGAAGAAAUUCCAAUUAUGGACCUACCCGACUAUACAGCGCUUCUAUGUUAUGGGAAGAGAAGUACUACUUUUCCAUUCAGAAAUAUAACUGUGAUGACUUUACUGGAAAGACCUCCGGAGCUCUCAACGUUGGGGACAUUUGGGAAAUAUUUGUUCGUUAAAGUAAAAAGAAAGAUGCAUAGAUGUCUAGGAAGGGCCGGUGAAUUAGCUUCCAAUACAAUCAAACUGAAACCCUGGAUUUAGACGAUGUUAAUAGCCAAAGAGGACUAUAAGCGCAUAACGAGAUUUUUGUAAUAUGCAUGACAGUGCUGGAUCAGUUCUCGUUACACCAACAUGGUCGACAGCGUGUAACUCCUUUAAAUGACUACCAGUUGAUUCUUCGGUUCUUGCGCACAAUUGUUAAAAGUUACUAGGUAUAGAAUAGCAGUUAUGCAGUAUUCAGCAAUAUUCAGCAGUCUUCAGUAUUGAACUUUUUUUGAAUUAACUCUAUAAGCAACUAUUAGAUAGCGUUGUUUCCCUGACAUUUAAUUAUUGAAAAAUUGUUGAUAGAUUCUUCAGCAAUUUGUGCGUGAUUCGGAAUGGCUGCAGUUUUGUAGUUUUGUUUAGAAAAGGUAUAUGCAGCAUCAUAUAGCAGAUCUUGAAAAGGCUUUCCAGUAACAAGAAUCUAAUGUUCCAGUUUCAAUGAGAGAAUAUUCACUAUCCCCUCGUGUGAAAGUGUCUGAAAAGUCAGGUUUGUCUUUUUGUUGAUAAAUGACAACGUAUAUAUCAGGACGCGUGAAAGUUGGAAAAUUUGAAAUUUCUUUUUAGGUUGACAACCUUUGCCAUAUCGGCUGUAUACUAUUAGUUUUGAAGAAUUGCCUGCAGUAAUACCGUUAAGUUAGUUUAGAUCAAACCAACAUUAUUAUAUACCAUAUAAGUAAUGCUCAAGCAUGAUGAAGUUUUCCAUAAAGUUUAGCAAAUCAGUACCUAUAACUUUAGAGUAUUUAUCGAAUAAUUAAAAAAGUACG